GGUCUGGAAUUUUCGUCUCCCCAUCGGGUUUGUUGGAAAGAACUGGCUCAAUUGGUAUGAGCUUUGUGAUAUGGAUGUCUUGCGGGUUGUUAUCCCUGUUAGGUGCAUUGUCCUAUGCUGAACUAGGCACCAUGAACACGUCCUCCGGAGCCGAGUAUGCUUAUUUCAUGGACGCUUUCGGGGCACCGCCGGCGUUCCUCUUCUCCUGGGCCAGUACCCUGGUGCUGAAACCAUCCCAAAUGGCCAUAAUCUGCCUGAGUUUCGGCAAGUACGCGGUGGAGGCAUUUGUAACCGAAUGCGAGCCGCCGGAAAUCGUCGUCAAAAUGGUUGCCCUGCUAGCAAUGA